GAACAUGAGGUGCACUUGUUUUGGAAUUUGAUUCGCCGGGGAGGCUGCGGACACCCCGCCCACCGGUCAACGACACUCACUGAUUGGUCAUUACCGUCGCCUGUCUCGGGGACAUCAGAAGAGGCACGAGUUGGCCCGUAAGCCUCCGCUUUGGUCCUCAGUGUCGGACACGUAGUGGGAACGAGCAGGUCCUGAUGCGCAAGUCACGGCAACCGCGGUGGAGAUGAAGGCGGGCUCCGACUGCCUCUGACUGCAGAAAGCCCUUUCCAUUCAAUCAUCAAUAUGGCAAAGCCCUUAUCCCGCGAACCCACUGCUGCAAAAAUGGCGUCCCUGAACCGGGUCCGAGCUCUGGCGUUGGUUUUUUUGACUGUCACUGGCUGUUGUGUCACCCCCACAAAUGGCAAGGAAAACUCCGAGGAGACCGUCAUCAUUGGGCUGCGCCUGGAGGACACGGACGACAUUUCCUUCAUGGAUAGGGGCUACCUGCGGGUGAGUGAGCGCUCCCGGGUCAAACUAAGGGUGUACGGCCAGAACAUCAACAACGAGACGUGGUCCAAGAUCGCUUUUACUGAACAUGAGCGGAGCCGGCCGCUGGGGACCCUUGACAGCUCCUCUGGGGAGAGCCACGAGGACCUGUCCGGCGCUCACCCAUGUGGCAUUAGGACAUCAGAUAUAAUUAUUUUGCCCAACAUUAUUUUAAACCGAAAGACGUCGGGAAUAGUUGAAGUUGAGGUCAAGCCUCUGAGAAAGACAGAGAGAAGUAAAUCUUAUUACCUUUGCGUGGCCACCUCGACUCCUGCGGGCUCCUAUGACCCGUGGACAGAGAACACCUGGAUCUACCAUGACGGGGAUGACACCAAAGUGAUAGUGGUGGAGGAGAAAAAGUUUCUGCUGCCGUUCUGGCUACAGGUCAUCUUCAUCUCGAUGCUCUUGUGUUUGUCUGGGAUGUUCAGUGGUUUGAACCUGGGCCUCAUGGCUCUGGACCCCAUGGAGCUCCAGAUAGUCCAGAACUGCGGCACGGAGCGGGAGAAAAACUACGCCAAAAAGAUAGAGCCGGUUCGGAGCCAAGGGAAUUACUUAUUGUGCUCUCUUCUUUUGGGGAAUGUGUUGGUCAACACCACGCUCACUAUCCUACUGGAUGACAUAGCAGGGUCAGGGCUUAUUGCUGUGGUCAUGUCCACUAUUGGAAUAGUCAUUUUUGGGGAGAUAGUUCCCCAGGCCAUCUGCUCCAGACAUGGGCUGGCAGUGGGAGCUAACACCAUCUUUCUCACAAAGUUCUUCAUGCUGCUCACCUUUCCUGCAUCCUACCCAGUCAGCAAGCUCCUGGACUACCUGCUGGGACAGGAGAUAGGCACAGUUUACAACCGCGAGAAGCUCCUGGAGAUGCUGCGUGUGACAGACCCCUACAACGACCUCGUCAAAGAGGAGCUGAACAUCAUCCAGGGAGCUCUGGAGCUCAGAACUAAAACUGUGGAGGACGUGAUGACCCCCCUGAGAGACUGCUUCAUGAUUCCAGCGGACGCCACCUUGGACUUCAACACCAUGUCUGAGAUCAUGAAGAGUGGCUAUACCCGGAUUCCUGUUUUUGAGGGUGAGAGGUCUAAUAUAGUGGAUCUGCUGUUUGUCAAGGAUCUGGCCUUUGUGGACCCUGAUGACUGCACCCCUCUCAAAACCAUCACCAAGUUUUACAGCCAUCCCCUGCACUUUGUCUUCAAUGACACCAAAUUGGAUGCAAUGCUGGAGGAGUUUAAAAAAGGAAAGUCGCACCUUGCCAUAGUCCAGAGAGUGAACAAUGAGGGUGAGGGAGACCCUUUCUACGAAGUCCUUGGAAUCGUGACACUGGAGGAUGUGAUCGAAGAAAUCAUCAAGUCUGAGAUCCUUGACGAGACUGACUUGUACACUGACAACAAGACAAAGAAGAAAAUUACCCAUCGUGAGAGGAAACAAGAUUUCUCUGCCUUUAAGCUUACCGACAAUGAAAUGAAGGUUAAAAUAUCACCUCAGCUUCUGCUUGCUACCCUGCGUUUCCUGGCAACAGAGAUAGAGCCUUUUGCACCAGUGCAGAUGUCAGAAAAGAUCCUGCUCCGUUUGCUGAAACACCCAAACGUCAUCCAGGAGCUGAAAUACGAUGACAAAAACAAGCGUGCAGCUGAGCACUACCUCUACCACAGGAACAAGCCAGUGGACUACUUCAUUCUUAUCCUGCAGGGGAAAGUGGAGGUGGAGGCAGGAAAAGAGGGCAUGAAGUUUGAAGCAGGACCUUUCUCCUUCUAUGGGAUGAUGGCUUUGACCGCCUCUCCAGUCCCUCUUUCCCUGUCUCGCACUUUUGUUGUCAGUAGGGCUGAGUCUUUAGCAGGAUCUCCAGAGAAUAAAUCACCCCCGCGGCCGUUUGGACUAAACCACUCAGACUCUCUGAACAGAAGUGACCGGAUAGAUGCCAUCACGCCGACUCUUGGCAACAGCAACAACCAGCUCAACUCCUUUCUACAAAUCUAUAUCCCAGAUUACUCAGUGCGAGCACGCUCAGACCUGCAGUACAUAAAGGUUACCCGGCAGCAGUACCAGAAUGCAGUGAUGACAUCACGAAUGGACAAAACACCACAGUCCACGGAGUCCAGUGAAUUUACUAAAAUUGAACUAACACUGACAGAGCUCCACGAUGGAGUAGAGACACCAACAGUGGUCCCCACGUCCACUUGUACCACCAGCAGUACUCCUGCAGUAGCUAUAGCAGUAGGCAAUGAGACAGCCCAUUUACUAAACCAGCAACUGAACUGUGUAAGCCUCAAUAGGAGUAACCACAGUGCCCACAGCGAGGGACCUAUCUAGCACCGGCCCACAGCAGUGAAAACCAGCCCCUCCGCCGGUCUAAGCAGACACAGGCUGGAGAAGGUGGAGAGGAUGUGUGGAGGUGGGGAGAAGCUCUGCCCCCAUGGGUAGGAGCCCAGGAUAUAGGGGUAAGGUGACACCCCGACAGCCCACUCCAACACGGUCCCUCCUUGCUGCACAUCCACCUAUGGAGGGACCUGCCUGCAUAUCUGCUCACAGUGGAGACCUGGACCAUGGGAUGAGAGUGCAUGAACUAGCUCCCCCACUUUACUUUUGUAACAGAGAGAAUUCUCCUCAGGCCAAAGACUUUGGUCCACAUUAUUACUGGACUUGAAUGGAAAGUCUCAGUUGCAGGGAGGCUCAGAUCUUCAGCAAGGACUCAGAACCCAAUGUAGAGAGCAAUGGUUUGAGCUUCAAAGGAAACUGCUGAACCACAAACCAAGAAUGUUUUCCAUAUUUAUUUAUUUUAUAAUAUUAUGUGUAUAUAUGUAUGCGUGGAGAACCAAUAUGAAAUGAACUAUAGCAUGCACUCGCAUGUGUGAGCUGUGUGUGGUACACACAUCAUAUAAACAAGGACAGAAACAUAGAAUUUAUGUAAAUGAAGUCUUUUACAGAAUGUAUAUUACAGAUUGUUAUUUUUACUAUUAUCAUAAAUCAGGCUUAUGAUAUAUUAUCUUUUUCACCUUAACAUCACACAAUUGCCUUUAAAAAUCAUAUAAUUAUUUUAACAACGUGCAAUGAAAUUUAUUUAAGUAAUGAUUACCUAUUUUUAAGAUGCCUGUAUUAUAUAUUUGUAUGUAUCAUAUAUGUGUAUAUCUGAUUUGCAAACAGCCAUCCACAAGCUGUUAGUAGCUGCCCAUUUUUCCAUUAGACCUCAUGUCGAGACCUUGUUGCCAGUCACCACAGGCAGAAGAGAUCACUGAGCUCUGAGUACAAGGGCCAACACUAAGCCUAUGCACAUAUUUUAAUUGACCACUUUAUGCAAACUCCAAGUUAAUAACUGCACAGUAUUAAUGACCUCAUCGAACAAAUUAACUUGAGUCUCUAUCAAAAUACUAAAAAAGCUCUACUUUAAAGGACUCUUUGUUUAUACUCAUCCAUUGCAACCAUAUGCCAGUGUUUUUAUAACUACAGGUAUGUGAAAAAAUAGCACACCCUAUUUACUUUCUUUCAUUUUACUUAAUGGUGCCACAAAAAGGUUACCAAUCCCCAACAUGUUUAAUGUUUGACAAAGACAACUAGUCUAAAAAGAAAAUGUGUUGUUUGUUUCAUUUACUACAAGGGAAACAACAUUUCAGGACUGAGUGCAAAUGCUGAAUCUUUUCUUCUAGAGCACUUCCAGGAAAUAACUCAGGUACCAACCCAGACCAACAGACCCAGAGCCAUCACACUUUUGGUUUGGAGGCUAAACACCAGGCUUCACUUUUGGUUUGUAAAAAACAUACCAAAAGUCAAUCUUUUUCUUUUUUUCUGUGUUAUACAAUGUGUUGGAUUAGUUUUAGUUUUAGGUGGACAUUCAUUUGUUUCAUGAGCCCCAGAAUAUCUUCGUCAUUGACACUGACUGACUCACUACAUUUGUUUAAAUGUUUGAAUUCUUGUAGAAUGCCCUGAAUGGUUUUAGCUGCACUUAAGAUGCUCAAGAUAAAUCAACAAUUGUUUGAUCAAGUAACUGCAUUUUA